AUACAAUAUCAAAUCAAAUCAAAAGCUUGAAUUUUUUUGUACCUUGAUUAAUUAAGCAAGAAAUCUGUACAUCGAGCUUCACUUGCUAUACACUUUAAUAAUAUGUCGGAUUUCCUUUCUAAGGGAAUUGAUCUUGUGCAAAAGGCUAUUGAUGCUGAUACCGCUACUAGAUAUGAAGAAGCUUACAAACUUUAUUACAAUGGUCUUGAUUAUCUUAUGUUAGCAAUUAAAUAUGAAAAGAAUCAAAACUCUAAAGAUCUUAUUAAAUCCAAGUUUACGGAAUAUUUGACUCGUGCUGAACAAUUGAAAGACCAUUUGGAAAAGAAACUGGGUAAUAAUGGAGGUGGCGAUAAUUCUGCUCUGUCAGGAUCAACAAAGGCCAGAAAGCAAGGUGAUGGCAAGGAUGACGACAGUGACGAUGCAGACACCAAAAAGCUUCGUGGAGCGCUUGCAGGUGCCAUUUUACUGGAAAAGCCAAACGUUAGUUGGGAUGAUAUUGCAGGGUUAGAACAAGCUAAGGAAGCCCUCAAAGAAGCAGUUAUUCUUCCAGUGAAAUUCCCUCAAUUGUUUGUAGGAAAUCGUAAACCUACUCUGGGUAUUCUCUUGUAUGGGCCACCUGGUACUGGUAAGUCCUAUUUGGCGAAGGCAGUGGCCACUGAAGCAAAUUCGACCUUUUUCUCAGUAAGUUCCUCAGAUCUUGUCUCUAAAUGGAUGGGUGAAUCUGAGAGAUUGGUGAAACAAUUAUUCACCAUGGCAAGAGAAAGUAAACCUUCUAUUAUCUUCAUUGAUGAAGUUGACGCCUUAUGUGGACCAAGAGGCGAGGGAGAAAGUGAAGCUCUGAGAAGAAUUAAGACUGAACUUUUAGUUCAAAUGAAUGGUGUAGGUAAUGAUGCUAGUGGAGUGUUAGUGUUGGGAGCCACAAAUAUUCCAUGGCAAUUAGAUGCUGCUAUAAGAAGAAGAUUUGAAAGAAGAAUUUAUAUUGCAUUACCAGGAGUGGAAGCAAGAACUCGAAUGUUUGAAAUAAACAUUGGGGAUGUUCCUUGUGAAUGUACCCCACAAGAUUAUAACACAUUGGCAGGUAUGACAGAUGGAUACUCUGGUCAUGAUAUAGCGGUUGUUGUUAGAGAUGCUCUUAUGCAACCAAUCCGUAAAAUUCAACAAGCCACUCAUUUCAAACCAGUGUUGAGUGAUGAUGGGAAGGAAAAACUUUUACCGUGCUCCCCAGGUGAUGAAGGUGCAAGAGAGAUGAGUUGGCAAGAUAUUGGCACUGAUGAACUUCAAGAACCAGAUUUGACCAUCAAAGAUUUUAUCAAGUCCAUUAAAAAUAAUAGACCUACCGUUAACGAAGCAGAUAUCGAAAACCAUAUUAAGUUUACAACUGACUUUGGACAGGAGGGUAAUUAG